AUGGAUUGGCUACCUGCCCACGUCUUGCCGAAGUGGCUGCUGUUGGUCGGCGUGAUUGCGGCGUUGAAUGGUGUGCAGAACACGCUCAGGCCUGUGUUCAGCCAUAAAGUGUAUGCGUCGCGAGAGGGCGUGCGCCAGGCCACGCCCCUGGCCGCUCGCCUGUUUGGGUUGUGGAACGUGACGUCGGCGAUGGUGCGUGUGUAUGCCGCGUACCACAUGAACGAGCGUGGUGCGUACAUCCUGUGUCUCGGUACCUUUGUGAUCGCAUGCUACCACUUUGUGAGCGAGAUGCUGUUCUUUGGUACGCUCGCGACUGCCGCAGGUUCUAUCAGCCCCAUCCUUGUGGCGUCAAGCUCGAUCGUGGCGAUGGUGUCGCAGUACUCGUACUAUGUAGGAAAGUGA